UCUUCCUUUCAAUGUUAUGAACAAUGAUCAAAAUCCGGUUCUUGGUGUUCUUCAAGAAAAUAUAUAAUGUUUUUAAAUAUUUAUCAAAAGACAUUAACAUCAAAAAUAUGCAUUAGAAAGUGCGAAGAAUUAUUAUUAGAACUAAGAAAAGACGGAUAAAAUUCGUUUUUUUUUUUUUUGUAAAAAGCUACUUAAGGGGAGACUAUGUCAAUAGAAAGUAUUGCCACAUAUUAAGGAAAUAUUUGUGGCCAAAAUGAGUAAAAGAACAUUAACAAAAAUUGACAAUAUUCAUUGACAUGGGAAAAACUUGGAUUUGAAGAUUAGAACAGCCAAAAUGAUUCUUGCUGUGCUAAUCACUAACCCCCAAGGCAACAUAUUAGUUGAGAGAUUUAAUGGGGUGCCAUCAGAAGAACGUCUGCAUUGGCGUUCUUUCCUACUUAAUCUUGGGGAAACAAAUCUCAAUGGUGUCAAAACUGAAGAACAUUUUGUUGCACAUCACAAAUCAGUGUAUAUCGUUUACACAUUAUUUGGAGAUGUGAGCAUCUUUGCUGUUGGCAAGGAUGCAUAUGAUGAACUCGCCCUUUCAGAAGUUAUCAGUACCAUUACAACAUCUAUUAAGGAUAUAUGUGGAAAACCUCCAUCUGAGCGCCGAUUUCUUGACAAGUAUGGGAGAAUAUGUAUGUACCUCGACGAGAUCUUCUGGAAGGGUCUGAUGGAAAACAAUGACAAGGAUAGAAUUAAGAGGCUAGCCAGGUUGAAAACUCCCACUGAAUUGUGAAGACAGAAGAGAAGAAAUCAUCCUCUCAUUUUGAAGUUCUUUUAUGCCAAGCCAAGUAUAUAUGUUUUCGA